GCAAGGUCGUCCAUAUAAGAACGCGCGCUCGUAACUUUUCUUUGCUGUCUGUCUUUCUUUCCCUCUUUCCUGUCUGCCUGCGCCACAUGUCUUGUGCGCGCACUGUAUAUCGAGUCAAGAUCGCGUCAGGCCUACCGAGUCAGGCAGAGUACUGGCCCGUAUUGCUCAGCUAGUAUAUGUGAUGUCGACCUCAGAAGUCAAACGCCGCAAGUAUGGCUGCCUCGAAGUGGUUGACCGUCGCCGAAUGCCGCAAGUAAGGGUUGCCUCAAAAUGUCGCGGGCGAAGGUCAAGCGCCCCAAAUGGGCUAGCCUCAAGCUGGACCGCUGUCAAGUGUCGAAGUGGGCGCCGCUUUCAAUGGGAUUCUGUCGUCAAGCUCUGCAAGCUCGGUUGUGUCACUACUUCAACGGAGUUGCCGUCAAGAGCCGCAAUACGGGCUGUUUCAAAUCGUGAACGAGGCGAAGCCGUCAGUGCAUGUGAACAGCCGCAAGCGGGGGUCACUUCAAGUUCAGGCGGGUCGUCCAUCGUCAAGCGCCGGAAGCGGGGCUGCUUCAAGUCGCUGCAACUCGAGUCUCAUCAACGUCAGUCCAUCCGUGGUCAAGCACCACAAAUUCGGCUGCAUCCACUUGAAGGGUCAAGCGCCAGAAGCUGGGACCACGUCAUUGUAGGCCAAUGUCAAGCGCCGCAAGGAAAGGCUGCCUCAAAGAAGAUCGCAAAGCGCUGCAAGUGUACCUACCUGGGUCAACUCACGCGAAGUCGUCGAGCUUUAAGCUUCAAGGGUCAAGCGCCGCAAGUGGGGCUGCAUCAAGCGCCUUCAAGAGGCCCCGAGGGCGGGUGGAUGCUUGCGCUCUUGCAGUGUCCGUCCGGGCGCGGACCUUUACGUGGUCUUCGGGAUAAGUACCCUCGCAUUGCUUCACGGCGAGUGCGAGGGGAAACCAACACGCGCUUCGCUCCGUAUAAUCGUGCACGCGCUUGAACGACAACGGCAAUUGAGAAUGUGUUGCCUUGUCUGCGGGUAAGUGCCUGUAAGUGCAACGUUAGAGGACUGCUUCGUACGGUUCAACUUGGCAGAGCCAGCGCGAUGAAGUAUACUCUCGCCUCGAGCAAGAGGGGCGAGAAGAAGUUGUGGGGAGCGUGCCCAUGAGCCUUGAUAGUGACCACAGAAGUUUCGCGACUCCGCAUAGCGUGUAACCAUUGUUCUGUCAUUCCCUGCCCAUGCAGUCCCUUCUCUGUGAUUGUCUACGGACGCCGAUGAGCGCCUGUUCGAUUGAUCAAUGGCGACUCAUACUUACCUGAUCGGAAGCCUCAACUGCAGCAUCACCACCUGAUCACUCCGGCAAUUCAGCUAGAAAUGAGCACGGGUGUAAGACGAGCAUGUGUAGAGCAGUAUGGUACGUACGCGGCUGUGCUAUAUGAGCUA